UUAACAUUUUUUCUUUAAGUGAAUUAGACUUUUGACACAUUUAUAGAUUAUAAUUUUGUUCAUCAUUAUUGUAUUGUCAUCAAAGUCAGUCAUCUGACAGAUUUACAGAUUUGCAUCCAGUCUUUAACACACGGUGGCGCCAUAGCACCAUCACAGGCCUUCGGCAGCGAAAGUUUGGCACGACGAGUGUGGAGGUUUUGUAUUCAGUGGGAAGAACCUUGUCACAUUCAUGGAUAUUCUGUCUUGGAGAAAGUAAACCCUUUUAAAUUCAGUUGUUUUUAAAUUGUUUUAGUGCUGAACCAGAUAUGUGUAAAAUCAUAUUAGGCUACAUAAUAGGUCGUCAUUAGCCCACAGUAAAGUAGGCCUACUCAUGUUGAGGGAGUAUACUUGGGAAUGAAGCCUCAUUACAUUAAGGGAAACAUCUAGUUGUUCAUCCGGUGAAAUGUGCAUAAAUUAGUUUAUUAUAUGAACAACACUUAGGACAAGUUGUGGUUGCACAUGGUCACAAACAGUAUGCUGCUGGUGGGGAGGGGCGGGGGCGCCAGUGCCAUGGUGACAGAUGAAAAAUAUUUCUGAUGUAUCAUUAGCACUCAACUGCUGUACUAGCUUCAAACAGUGAAACCAAACGGGAGGGAACAUUUUAGCACACUUUUAGCAUGUCUUGGCUAAUAAUGGUUUAUAAAAUGAAUUAGCACAUUUGGCCUAACGGUGGAACUUUAAAUAUAAAAAUCUGUCAUCAGUGCUAACUGUUUCUGCGAGCUGGGAAGCUGAGAGGAGGAGGAGGAGGAGGAGGAGGAGGUGGGGUUGUGGGGGACUGACGGCAGAUGCCUUUGCAGCAGAGGACCAAGGAGGAUGUUAGUGAGUGUGUAGUGUUGCGGGACAAAAUGCGGAUAGGACCGUACUUGGACAACGACUUGGCGACGUUUAAACUGCCGGAUGUCGUGGAAGUAAGUUAGCUGUUAGUGGCGAGAGGAGUCUGUGAGUGAAAACACCGACAAGCUAAACCGCAGUGCCAAGAGGAAAUACUCAACUAGUUUAAAUAAGAUGGAUGGGAGGGCUUGAAUCUGCAAGACUCACUUCUGGAGUAAUGUAGUGACUAACGUUAGGCUGCUACCAGGCUUCUCCUCAUUUAAAUUGUUGGGAUAUUCUGUUGUGACUAAUAAAAACCUAUGAUGGAAAUAACGAUGGAAAGUGGAGUUUUUCUACCCUGUCUGGAUCAAUUUAUGCUGAGCCCACUUGUCACUUGGGUGAAGACGUUUGUGCCAAAUGAUGGGGGCAUGCACAUGGACUUUUCUGAAUUACUGGAUGGAGUCUUUUUGAAUGACAUAAUGACACAAAUAAAUCCCUCGGCUGCACCUCAGAGUGCAAACAAAGUGAGCAGUGAUCCAAGUCAGAGGAUCCAAAACUUGAACUUCCUUGUGCAGCAAAUCAAGACAUAUUAUCUGGAUAAUCUGAGACAAUUAAUCAUGAUUCCUUUGCCAAACGUGUUGCUGCUUGGCAGGACUCCUUACUUUGAACAAAGUCUGGAGGAAAUGAAGAAACUUUUGCUGUUACUGUUGGGAUGUGCAGUCCAGUGUGAGAAAAAAGAUGAGUACAUUGAGAGGAUCCAGACGCUUGACUUUGACACGAAAGCUGCCAUAGCUGCACAUAUUCAGGAGUUGACCCACAGUCAGGAGAACGUGCUGGAUCUGCAGUGGUUGGAGUCCAGUGAGGUGCACCCGGAUGAGCUGGAGGCCGUAGCGAGGAACAUGGCCACGCACCUCCGACAUCUGCUGGACCAGAGGGACACCCAUCUAGAGACUAUAGCAGAGCUAAUGCAGGAAAAGGAUGGCAUCGUUAGCUUGCUCAGUAGCCCAUCCAGCCCACAGUCAACCAGCUACUGUCCCAACAUGCAGCAGCAGCAACAGGCGGGGACUCAGCAACACCUGUCGGUGGAGCUGGCUGACUCUAAGGCCAAGAUCAGACGACUUAGACAAGAACUAGAAGAGAAGAGUGAGCAGAUGCUGGACUGCAGACACGAGCUGGAGAACAUGGAGGCAGAGCUGAAGAGGAUCCAGCAGGAGAACUCCCAGUUGCUCGUAGAGGCCCGUGCAGCCCGCACCUACCGUGACGAACUGGACUCCCUGAGAGAGAGAGCCAUAAAGGCAGACAAGCUGGAGAGUGAAGUGGGACGCUACAGGGAGCAACUGCACAAGAUGGAGUUCUACAAGGCCAAAGUGGAGGAGCUAAAGGAGGAUAACAGGGUGCUACAGGAGACCAAAGAAGUGUUGGAGGAUCAGCUGGAAGGCUGGAGGGCACGCUCAGAUAAAAUCCACCAGCUGGAGAAGCACAGUCUGCUGCUGAAGGCCCGGGUCCACGACAUGGAACAGGAGAGGGAGGCAGACCGGAGGCGCAUUGAGGAGCUGCAGGAGGAGAACCUGGCUCUGUGUUUGGCUCAGAGGAGGAGCAUGGAGGAGUCCCAGCAUCUGGGCUGGGAGUUAGAGCAGCUCUCCAAGACCACUGAGAACUCUCAGAGCCAGCAGACUCUGAGUGAGGAGGUGACUGAGAGGACUCGCAGUCGGAUGCUGAAACUGGAGAAGGAGAACCAAAGUCUCUUAAGAACUAUAGAGGAACUCAAAGCUGCCUCUAUGAACAACAGCACACAGCCACACAAACAUAGCUGCCACCGUGAGUGUAAUCAUGUCUGCCAUGUGGUGUGUAGCACCAACAACCGUACCUUAUCAACAGAUGAACCCACUUGGUUGCAAACCUCCUGCUCUAAUAUAGAAAACCGCACUCACAUAUUCCCGCUCAGAACAGUAGCACAGCACAUGUUAAAUGGAAAUUCAAACUGCCAUCAGCCACUCUACGCAGAAGAGGUGGAGGAAGUCCAGAGUGAGAUCCUCCUCACAGAGAGCCCAGACCUUCAUAUUCAGGAGAAAGGACAGCUAGAAGAUGGAGGUGGAGAUCAUUUCAAAGACCUAAUGUCUGAUCUGGAAGUCUUAGAAAACAAUCACAAUAGGCUCCAUUGUUUUGUUGGAUCAGGUGAUCACUCCCCUGGCUCGAAGAGCAGCAGUCCCUGCCAUGGCAGCAUCUUCUCAGGUCUGCCAACACGUUCCUCCUAUGCCAGCAAACACACACAGCGGCUGGAGGCCAAGUGCAGGGCCCUAGACACAGUUAACCAGCAUCUACAGACUUCCCUCGAUAACACUGACCGGAAAGUUCAGAGACUGGAGGCAGAGGUUCAGGAGCUGGAGGCAGAGAACCAGAGUCUGCAGGCCACUUUAGAGGAACUUCGGAUCUCUGCACGCCGCUUGGAGCAACUGGAAACAGAGAAGCAAAGCCUGGAGCAAGAAACCACAGUCCUGGAGAGGGAAAAAAGGCAGCUAGAGAAAGAGAAUCGACGACUCCGCCAGCAGGCUGAAAUCCAGGAAGCCAACUUAGACAGUAACAAUGUCUGUAUGACCAGCCUGGAAAGGGAGAUGCGUUUUCUAGUAAAGGAGGUGGAGGGGUUAAGGGAGACUGCUGACAGGGUCAAAGCCCUAGAGGGAGACAACAGAGAACUGACCAAGCAAGCUGCUAUCGACCAGAAGACCCUGGCCACCCUCAGAGAGGAGCUGGUAAGUGAGAAGCUGAAGAGCCAGCAGAGAGACAAUGAACUGGAGAGGCUGGCUUACGAGUUGGAAAUGAAGGUGCUGAACCAGGAGAGUACACAGCAGGCUGAACAAGAGGAACCAGACAACAGCAGGUUCAAGAUGCUGGAGUCAGAGUUGGAGUCGUCCCUGAAAAAAUCUCUUAAGAUUAAAGAGGACAAGAUUGCAGCUUUAGAAGCUCGUCUGCAGGAAUCCUCCACCCUGAACCAGCAGCUGCGCCAGGAGCUCAAGACUGUGAAGCUGAGCUAUGAGGCCUUGCAACAGAGGCAGGAGGAAGAGUGGACAGCAUCAAGUUCCACCCCUGCAAUAGAGACUGGCAGAGCAAUGAGUGAAUGGCUACGUGAAAGCCAGGAGGCCACCAAGGAAUUGCUGAAGCUCAAAGACCGUCUCAUUGAAGUGGAGAGGAAUAAUGCAACACUGGAGGCAGAGCGCCAGGCAAUGCAGGCCCAGCUGAAGCAGCUGGAGAGUCAGUCUGAUAGCCAGCAGGCUCAAAUCCUCGCUCUGCAGAGGCAGGCUGCCUCACUGCAGGAGAACAACACAGCCCUGCAGACACACACCGCUAACCUACAGGUGGAGAAAUCCACUCUGAACUCACAGAGUGCUUCCCUUAUGGCCCAGAAUGCGCAGCUGCAGCAGCAGCAGUCAGGGACAGAAAGUGAGCGGGACAGCGCCAUACGGGAACGUGAAGAGCUGCGUGGUGUUCAUGAGCAGCUAUUAAGAGAUCACGAGCGGCUGGCAGCUCUACAUGAGCGGCAGGCUAUGGAGUAUGAGGCCCUGAUGGGCAAGCACGGCUGUUUGAAAAACGCCCAUCGCACACUAGAGCUGGAGCAACGCACUCUGCAGGACAGGUACAAUAGCUUGUUGCAGCAGCGGACCAAGCUAGAAGACCUGGAGAAAGCCCUGAAGGAGGAGCAGAUGAGGAUGGUUCUAGAGAAAGAACAGCACAGGACCACUGCUGCUGAAUGUUGCAGGCUCCGUGACGAGAAGGACUGGCUGAACCAGACAUACCGUCAGCUACAUAACGACAAUGAGUUGCUGACAGCGGAUCACAAGCAGCUCAAGAGCCAGCUGAAUGAGGCCAAGCUGGAGCACACCUGGCUGGAGGCUGACUUCUCCAAGCUCAAGAAAGAGUUUCAACAGCUAGACAUCACUUCCACAAAGCUCAGCAACCAGUGUGAGUUGCUGAGCCAGUUGAAGACCAACCUGGAGGAAGAGAAUCGCCACCUGCUCAACCAGAUCGAGACGCUGAUGCUGCAGAACCGAACCUUGUUGGAGCAGACCAUGGAGAGCAAGGAUCUGUUUCAUGUUGAAGAGCGACAGUAUAUUGACAAGCUUAAUGAUUUGAGGAGGCAGAAGGAGAAGCUGGAGGAAAAGAUAAUGGACCAGUACAAGUUUUAUGAGCCAUCGCCUCCUCGCAGACGUGGAAACUGGAUCACUCUGAAACUGAAGAAGUUGAUUAAAUCCAGUAGCCGUGAGCAUGGGCCCGACCGCCCACCCACACCCACACACUCAGGCGUUACUGAGCCACAACUCUCCUGUCAAGACAACAGCUCCUUCAUCAGCUCAGAUGGCUCUGGAAGCUCAGCCACCUCAGCAGGUGAUGCCAUUUCACCCCAACGUAACACCACCCUGAAAAUGUUUCCCCGUAUGAGGAACAGGCUGAAGGACAGAGACAAAGUCAAGUCCCUCUUCCGCCGUUCCAUGUCCCUGAGCAGCUUGGCGUACCCCUCGGCCCUGUUCGAGGAGAAGCGGUGGGCAGACAGCUUAGAGCAGCUGGGAGGGUCAGAGGCUGAUGUGGAGGAGGACAGGAAGAACGCAUUGACCUCAUCCCUUACCACAUCCAUCUUGUCCAUCCUCCACCUCAAUCAUCCUACCACUCUACCAUCUGGCCACGUCACCACCACAGCCACUGACACCGCCGGCACUGUUCCAGAUUUGUCUGAGUUUUGGGUGACAGACAAGGAUUCAAAUGAUAGCGCUGUGCCAUCUGGAUUUGAGGACAGCGACGAGCUGCAGAAUCACGGGCUGAACAGUGUCCAGAGUCGAGCCCAAAGUGAGAGUAGUGGGGAGUUCAGCCUGAGCCUGGAAAAUGAGCCAUGGUCAAAUGGCAGCAGCCCUGUCCAGCAGCCCCCAUCACGGCGCUUCUCCGCCUCCUUCCAGCCACCCAGCGAUACCUCCACCCCCCAACACACACAGAAGCAGCAGCAGCAGCAGCACAAGGAGAAAGCCUCUACCAUGCCCAUCACCAACAGUCAGAAUUCAGAUAUCCAGUCUAUACCAAAACAGAAAGAUCCUGGACUCUCUCAGGACUUCUGGCUCACAAGGGGUACAAAGAGCAUCAGAAGGGGGUCAAGAGGGAAAGUGACUCGUCGCUCAUCAGAUUCAGGGGGCACAGUCAAAAUGAACACAGGGCUCAACGGGAUGAAUUCCAAAUCGUGCUCUAGCAAAGUUGAAGCUACCCGAGCAUCAGCAUGUUCACCCAUCACAGUGCUGUACGUUCAGGGUAAGUCAUCCUCAAUGUCUGGCUGCCUCAACUGCUUCUCCACCCCUCCGGGGAAAGAGGUGCGACUAAAAGGGUCCAGGUCGCCCAAAAGUCUCCCUCGAGCCAGCAGUGUCAUUUCCACAGCAGAGGGAUCAUCCCGACGCACCAGUGUAAACAGCGACUGCAGGGUGACAGGCAAGACUGACCCGGUCUCUGUCCAGGUUUCAGAAGAGAGCAAUAAUCAGGAGGAAACAGCGAGUCAGCAACAACCAGAACCAGACACGAAUAACUGUGAGCCUGAGCCCAUUCCUCCCAUCAAACCUCCUAGAGACCCAACAGUUGCCGUUCCCACAGAUCACCCAAAAUCCCCUGUGCAGGAGUCACUCUUUGGCUCCUCAUUCACUUUCAACUCUGUCUUCUCAAACACAAUCUUCAGUGAUUCUGUGGUCACAACCAUGACUAGCCUGGACGCCCUUGGCAACAACCAGACCUUCGUCUGUCUGAAUGCAUCUCUGGUGCAAAACUGCCAACGUGAGAGCCGGGAAUCUCCUCCUGACACACUGCAAACACUGCUCAAUGUGGAAAAUGAGCUGAGUCAAAAUGCAGAACAUGCAGCUGAGUUAGAGGACAAGCGGCUAACAACUCCAUGAAAGCAGCUGUCAGACCAUUGUGUAUUGUGUCAUUCAAGCAAAGCAGGUGAGCUGCAAAAAAAGGCCACUUUUCAUCACAUCAACCGAAGCACACAAUUUAAGUCACUGUAAUUUAAUAUGAGUAUGUUAUUCCACAGUCUGAGUAUACAGUCAUCUUAAAAGGUGUAAAUAUUAGCAUAUUAAUUUACCUGAGUAAUAUCUCCAGAGACUCAUAGUAUUAUCUCUUCCCCCAGGUUCUUCUUUUUGCACAAAUUCUGUUUAAUAUAACUGAAUGACUUAUGGAUAGAUAUCCUCUUUUGCCCAUUAAAAUGUAGAAUGGUAUUGUGAGUGAAACCUGUUUACCUUUAACGUUACUUUACCACACUGACAAUCCUGGUAUGUAUAUUUAUUGCUGUUUCAAAUUAUGUCCUGUUACUCAGACAGAACAUUUAAAUUAUUAUUAUAUUAUUAAAUUGCAGUGUCUAUGCCUGGAAGAACCAUGAUGUUCAUAUAUACAAAAUGUGUAAAUGUU